AUGGCGCUGAGGAAAGUGCACAUACCUGCUAUAUUGGGUAGUCGCGAUGAGAAGAUGACGGAGACGCGACGAGGGUUGCAAAGUGACGCAGUGACGGGGAAACUUCUCAGCGCUUAUCGCCGCGCCUGUUUCGCUUAUCGGGCCGACGCGACUCCACCAGCCUGGUUCACUUCCAACGAUGACAGCGAGGCGAUCGCAACUCCACUCGAUCGCCGCGCCGCGCGGUGGAUCACUCAAAAAGACGGCGGGCACUUGGACCAGCUUCGGUGUGUCACAGCGCGCGCAAGCGCGAUGCAACAAGCGAACCUGACGGUCGGUGGAGGGGCUCGCGUCAAGCAUCGAUUGAUCAACUUUAAUUCGGAUUCUUCACGAUGA